UUUAAAAAUGCAGAAAGAAUUCUUUUUGGAGGAGGAAAGAGUAAUCACUAUUAAAGAUACUCCAGAUCAAGAAAUAGAUGAUUUGUCUGAAGGUACACCACUCUCCUUUUGAAUCUCUCCAGACCCUUGUGUUGGAUCUCAAGAAGCUUUCCUUCUGCAUGAUCAGAUCAGUAUGAAUGAACACUCAGAUAUAAACCAGGAUCGGUAUAUCAGAAAUAGUAUUAACUAAAUCUGAGAAGCCACCAUGUUUACCGACAGACAGACAGCAAGCAUGAAAAGUCACCAAUGAAGGUAAAAAUAAUCAGUGAAAAGUCCCAAUAAGAUUGAUGAAGCAAGGUGGAAAAGAAGGCAUAACUGAGCAUUUAGAGCUUACACUAAAACCACCCAACUUGUCACCAAAACAUGAGGAUUUGAACAGCUUUAUUGAUGGUUUUAAAGUUAUAAAAGCAUGCUCAGGAACUCGAAGAAUCCGGAAUAGAUACGAUUCUAUAUAUCGAUCAUUAUUAAGGAGAUUCAGGAAGUUUUAUAAUAUUAGCUUCGACAGGCUAACACGAUAUAAAUCUCUUAAGAGAUAUAGGAAGAAUAUAUUAAUGAAAUGAAUUUCAGAAUAUACUGCUACUAUCUUCCCUGAAGACAAGUCUAAUGAGCUUCUGUACAGCCUUGCUAAUCUGAUAUAUCCCUCAAUGUUAGUAUGAAAUCUUGAUCAUUACAAUGAGGAAUAUCCAAGUUUGACUGACUUUGUUGAAAACCAGAAGAACAGGGGAAUCCAAGUGCCUGAUAUCUUACUUAACUUCACUUUCACUAAAAUGGAGCUGCUACUAUUACAGCCUGGGAUUGCCACCCUGUUUAGACAUUUUGUGGAGGAAAACAAGCAUGAAUUUAGUGAAAAGGAAUCAUACCCUGUACAACAAAUGCUCAAGAUAUGCUCUAUUUCUCUUAAUUAA